CAUUUGCCUAGAUGUCCGUCGCCUGGAAGUCAAAUGCUUGGCGUGGCCAGGCAAGAUUACGUAAUACAGCCCAAUAUUGGCAAAAACCGAGAAAUUAUUCAAAUUGUAUGAUAUACCAUUAUGGACCAGCUACAUGGUUCCUCACGCUCAGUCCAGCUGAGUGGCUAUGGUCAGAUUUAAUAGAAUAUCUUCGUGAAGUAAACGGGCCAUCGAUGGCUAAAAUGUCGCCGAACGAACUCAUUGCUUCUGAUCCCGUUUCAACUGCUCGAUUUAUAGAUAAUAAAUUCCACGCUGUGCUGGACUUCAUUUGUUCGCCCGACAAUCCGAUUGGGAAGGUCACUCAUUACUUUUGGCGCAGAAAAUAUCAAAGCCGGGGAUUACAACAUUUUCAUCUUUUAAUUUGGAUUGAAGAUGCUCCUAUAAUCGACAAAUCCUCGAAGGAAGAAGUAGCAGCAUUCAUUAUGAAAUACGUCACUUGCAGAUUGCCGUCACCGCAUGUGUCGCCAGAAUUAUAUAGGCGUCUUAUUACACAUCAAAUCCAUAAAUUUACAGAGACUAUGACAAUAAGGGAUGUAGCUGUUUCUAUAGGUGCUAGAAAACAAUUGAAAGCAAAAGGUAGAUUCUAUGAUCUUCCACGUUCGAUAAAAGAAGUCCGUAUCAAUGAUUUUAAUCCUUCUGUUCUCAUGGUUUGGAUAGGUAACAUGGAUAUACAAUAUAUUGGGGAAAAGACGACCCGCCUAACGGUGGGCCUCUGUAAUACGUGUUUUUCAUUUUAUUGA